AUGCUGAGAAUAGAACCUCUUGAUUCAAAGGCAAGUAGCAGUGAUGACAGCAUAUCACAGGAUACUCCUAAAAAGGAUGAAAGUUCAUCAGACAGAAGCAACUCAGUUAUGGCAAGUGUUCCUCCGAAAAAAAGGUCUAACAUUCAGCAGCAGUGUGUACAAGCUCUUAAAUCUCCACACGAUCAGUUAUGCAUUCUAACGGAAAGAGAUGUUUUGGAAAAAUUUUUUAAAAAGAUCACAGACGUUCUACACUAUAAUGUGUUAUUGCCGAGAGAAUGGAAUAGCCCUUAA